GAUGCAAAUAUCGCUUAUUUAUUCGUCGUCUAUACCGCAGAUAAAUUCUAACUGUAUGUUCUGGGAUUCGAGAUGUCUGGCUCGGCAGGUACAGAUGAACGUGCACGCCCUGGUCUCUGGUAUCAGGGAGUUGGGCACAGAGGUGUUGGACCCUAUGCACAUUGAAUCUGGCUGCAUUGACCUGGCUGGACUGAAGAUGGACCUCACUAAUGCAGUAAUCCGCGGUUAUGGUAAAGCUGUCAUAGAUAGUGCUAGAGUCGAUCCGUUUACGAGACAGUUAUAUUUGGUGUAUCACACUGAUAUAACUCUAGAUUCUGAAUACAAUGCCGAAGGAAGACUUCUCAGCUCACCAAUUGCUGGCAAUGGACAUAUAAAGAUAUUAAUGAGAAAUGUGCAGAUAGAAGCUCUGUUGCCAUUUGACAUCGUUAAAGACUCUCAUGGCAGAGCCGUGAUCGACUUGAAGGGAAUCGAAUACAGACUACACUUUAGGAAUAAUGUGCGAUUUGACCUCUCUAACUUGUUCUAUGGUGAUAAGGAAUUGAGUGACUCUAUGCAUCAAUUUAUUAACUCCAAUUGGAAGAAGGUAUCGGAAACGUACAGCAGACCAAUUUUCGACAUCGCACAAGACAAGCUUUUAAAAGUGAUAAGAUCUUACCUCUUGACGCAACCCCUGGAGAAUAUUUUCCAUUUUUUUGACUAGUUUUACGACAUCCAUUAUAAUCAUAAGUACUUUACCAUACCUACCGAUACAUUUGUAAAUUAGCUUUUGCAUUUUUGUGACCAGUUUGUGUAGUAUAAUUUACUUUUCAUUGUAUUUUUUUCACAUUUAAAUUUUGUUCAUAUAAGCGUUAUUAACAUUAAUAAUAAGUUUUAAUUAAUUUGUAAUAUAGAAUGAAAGAUCAGUACAAUAAAGGAAACUACUAUCAACUAC